AUGGCUCCCAAAGGCAGCAACAAGCAGCAGUCCGAGGAAGACCUUCUCCUGCAGGACUUCAGCAGAAACCUUUCAGCCAAGUCCACCGCUCUGUUUUACGGAAACGCGCUCAUCGUUUCUGCCAUCCCCAUCUGGCUGUUUUGGAGGAUUUGGCACAUGGAUCUUGUCCAGUCUGCAGUUUUGUAUGCUGUCAUGACUCUGGUCAGUACCUACCUGGUGGCCUUUGCCUACAAGAACGUCAAAUUUGUUCUCAAACACAAAGUUGCCCAGAAACGUGAGGAUGCUGUUUCCAAGGAGGUAACCAGGAAACUCUCUGAGGCAGACAACCGCAAGAUGUCCCGCAAGGAGAAAGAUGAGAGGAUCCUGUGGAAAAAGAAUGAGGUCGCUGACUACGAGGCCACCACCUUCUCCAUCUUCUACAACAACACUCUCUUCUUGGUCCUCGUCAUCAUCGCCUCCUUCUUCUUGCUCAAGAAUUUCAACCCCACCGUCAACUACAUUCUGUCCAUCAGUGCCUCCUCGGGACUCAUCGCUCUGCUGUCGACCGGGUCCAAGUAAAGGAAGAAGAUGGGAAGGGGAGGGAUGAGGAAUAAUGGGGUGGGACCGGGUAGGAGGGGACAAAAUCGGCUUAAGAAGGGUAUAAAGAAUAUUGUUUUUCACUGAGGUUAGGAAUAGGGUUUAAGAGGGGGCUGGAAUGUCACAUUUCAACUUCAUGAAAUUCAUGAUCAAAUGUCUGGAGGGUGUUUCUCCAGGUCUGUCUUCUGUUUUUUGUAACAAAUAAAGCAACCAGGUAUACUUGG